AUAAAACAAAGCCAAAUACAAUUGAAAUGUGCCUGAUUUUUGAUUAGAAAUUAUAAAAUAAAAUACUAAAGCCACUAAACAUAGAUAUAGAUAACUGACCAAAUCCAAGAUGAAUACUACGGACGAUAUGAAGAAUUCGUCAGGAACGUCCCUCAAUGAUUUUAAAGUCCAGGCGAUGGAGUCCAUGGGUUGGAGUGCUGAAGCCGAAAUACCCAUGGCGAAUGAAGAAAAUUUGGCCAUUCUUAAGGAGAUGGUAGCCAUGAGGGCCCUGAAAUUUGAUUUGCAACAACAGAUCAAGACCCUAGAGGAUCGUGAAGGGGCAGUGGAAAGACACAAGAAAAAUAUUGAUGCCACCGUACAGCAGAAUAUAACCUUAUACAAUUCGAUGAAGGAGGAUCUAGUAAAGGAGGCCCAUAAUGUGCAGUUGGUUGUAUUGGAGAAGAAUAAAAUUAAAGAGGACUUGCGCAAAAAUCAAAAGGAACUUGAGGAAUACACCCAACAUGCUGAAUUUACUGAACGUAAAAUUCAACAGAAUAAAAAGGAAAUUGAUGAGCUUACAUCCCGCAUUAAAUCGGCCAAAUCGACUCUUCAGGAAUGGCAAGAGGCCAUGGAAGAUGGCAACAAGGGCUAUCAACUGAUUGAAAAAUAUUAUGAAGAUGAUCAGCAGAGAGCCAGAGAAUUGAAUACACGCCGACAACAAUUGCAGGCGGAAAUAGAUAAACGUCGCAAAAAGGUUGUCCAAAUGUAUGAUGAGCAAAAUACACUGGAGAAGAAUCUAGAGCGAACUGCUUGCCUCUAUAGAGCUGCCCACCAGGAACGGCGACAAAUGGUAGAUACCUGGAAGCAGGCAGUUAAUCAAAUGACUCAACGUGAACGUGAUAUACAAUCCAGUGAAGAGAGUUUGGUCAAGCUGAGCAAAGAGGCCACAGAAAUGGCUGCACAAUAUAAAUUGUAUGACGACCAACUGAACGAGGUAAUUGAUAAUAAUCGUCAGGUGGAGAUUGCAAUUGAAGCGUUGAAUGCCGAAACAUCCGAUAUGAAGAACGAGAUACAAAGACUUAUUGAUGCCUCAAUACUGAAGGAUCAUGAAAUUGAUGGUUUACGCAAAGAAUUGGAGAAUCUAUCCAAUUCCGUGGCCGCCCAGCGUAUGGAGAAUCGUAAAUUGAUGGUUCAACAAGAGGAGAAGAAAAAGAGUAUUGAAAACUUAGAGGAAACUAUAAAACAAACUGAGGAACGCUUGCAGGCCAUGAAAAAUAAGGCCCUAAAUGCCGAAGAACGUUUGCAAAUACUCGAUGAAAUGAUGGAGAAUGAGGAGAAAACACUGGCCACUCUAUCCAAGGAGCAGGAACGUGUCAAUGAAAUGUAUUUCCGUGCCCAGCGUCAAUUGGCCGAGUUGAAGUCUGAGGAGAAAACUCUGCUCAUGCAAAAUGAGUCUCUGAAAUCGAAUUUAUCAUCAAUGAAACGUAAUCACCGACAAACAUAUACAGAGCUGCAACGUCAGACUGAGAUCCAUUAUCAAAUAGCUUUCAAGUAUUUGGAGGCUCAGAGACGCUAUGAUCAGAUGACGGGCACCACAAUAGAUCCAAUUGUUGAGGAGCGUAACCAGGCCAUAUUGUCUGGACUGGAGCAACACUACGACAAAUUGCAACGUCAUAUAGCGGCAACCGAGGCCCAGAAUAAGAAACUCAACUAUAAUAUGAACAAUAUGGUUAUUCAGUAUAACAACGAUGCCAAGGAAUUGGAUUCGGUGAGGUUCAAAAUCAAAGAGGCCCAAGUCUAUUGUGAGGGCACUGUGAAGAGAUUAAAACAGAAUCGUUUUGAGAAUUCCGAACUGAUUGUCGAGCUGAGUAUGAUUAAAAUGCGUUGUGAUGACAUGGAAGUUGGCAUUAAUGGCUGUGAGCAGGGCACAUAUGAUUUGGAGCAACAUCGUCUAAACUUCCAGCGAUCUGUCAAGGAUCGUUUCGUUGAGUUACGCAGUCAGGAGGAGAUUUUACAAUUGAAGCGAAAACAUUUGGGAGAAGAAAUGAGUACUUUACGUGCCGAUUUGGCUGAACGAAAGAAGCAUAUUGAAGCAGUGCGUGCCCGAUUUGAGUUGACAUCCCGUCUUCUGGGUUGCAAUGAGGAUGGCUCUGUGAUGUCUGCCACCCAACUGAAGGUAGCCAAUGCCCAAGAGCGUCAAAUGCUGGCCGAUGAGGGUGAUGCAUUGAAUAAGAAGGUCCUUAAGGCCGAGCAGGAAGUGGUGGCUCUGGAGAAUACUCUCAGGCAGUUUGAUCAUUCCAAUGAUAAUUAUCGCAAGACCUUUAAAACAUCUGAUGAUGACCAAGAGGAUUCCGAGGAGAAACUAAAAGAAUUACAGCUUGUGUACUGCAAGGAUUUGCAGCAAUUAAAAACCCUUCGAUGCAAGGCUAAGCGUUACGAGAAUAAAAUGGAUGAACUCAAGCUCGAACAGGAAGAGGCACAGAAGCAGGUGGAAACCGCCAGAGCUAGACGAGCCGAGCAUAAAGAGAUUUUGGAGAAGCUACGCAAGGAACUGGAGGAACAGAAUUCGAAAAUCGACCGUGCCAAUCGUGAUAUACGUUCCUUACUCAAGGACAUUAAAACGCGACCCAUAAGCGAUGAGUUUCUGGCCACAUUUGAGCGUGAAUUGACUUUGCAGGAACUUGAGCAACGCAACAUGAAGGCACUGAACUUGCUGACAGAUAUGGCCAAUACAGAUGAGAAUGGGCCAGAGAUAAUACACUAUAUGCUGCGUAAAGGUCUCAAGUUGCCGCAACACUUGAAACGGACACGCAGUUGUGUAUCCUGGCGAUCGCAAUCGACAUCAUCGCGAGACAAUGGCUCUUAUAUUAGUGUCACCGGAAAAGGUUAUAGUGCUCGUUCUUCGGCCUCGGAUCUCAGUUCUAUUAAGGAGGACAGUUCCGUGACCUCGGCCCAUGUUAGUGUUGUCUCUCUCGAUUUUCCAAUGAAAUAAUUUUCCAAAUUGUUUGGUUUUGCAAUUUUCUUUUAUGGAAUUAUGUCAGAAAAAAAUGAA